UCACACACACACUAACAUUCCUGGCUAGGCGCAAACCAUUGAAGUCGUGGAACCCAGCGGGUUCAAACCGCAUAAGUUUGACAUUAGACAGAGGGAGUAUUGUCUAUUAGAUUGUCCAUGAUGUGAGUUUUUUUUAUCGAUGCUUGAAAUCUAAUUUUGCCUUUUAGCCUCGAUGCAACCCACUAUAAUACGAGAAUGGUGAAAGAUGGAUUCCUAGCAUGGAUGCAUCUACUUUACUUGAUGCUUUACAUGACAACAUAUGCGGAAGGACUUGUCAGACACAAGGCUCAUGCAACACGUUGCAGCUAAAUUAAAGCUGAAAUGGUGCAUCCAUGAUUCAAUGUUGUUUCUAGCAUCGAACGCUGUGGACAGUUCCAUGUGAUUCGCUGCAACAAUAAAGAUACACAGCAAUGCGAGCAGCCCAUGCUAUAUAGACGCAUGCCUUCCGGGCCUCUCGACACUCCCAACGCAUUUUAACAGCGUGUCUUCUUUCCUUAUUUGAUAAUUUAUUCCCUUUUUUUGGGACAAGGUCUCGCUACAAUUUCGGGUGCGUUCCCUCGCUCGAUCGCCAAGCACAAGCAGCCAUUGGCCCAUUGCCAUGGAGAAGCAGAUGAAGACCGUGGUCCUCUACCCUUCGCUGGGCGUGGGCCAUCUUAACCCCAUGGUUGAGCUGGGCAAGGUCUUCCUGCGCAGUCGCUUGUCUGUCAUCAUCGCCGUCGUCGACUCGCCCGACGCCAUGGGCCGCCUCGCCACCGCCAACCCGGACAUCACGUUCCGUCACCUCCCAGUCCCUCCCACCGGCAAGGACAAGUACUCGCACCCUAUCAUGCGUACCAUCGACGUGCUUCGCGUCGCCAACCCCGCGCUCCGGAGCUUCCUGCGCACGCUCCCGGCCAUCGACGCCGUCGUGGUCGACAUGUUCUGCACCGACGCCCUCGACGUCGCGGCCGAGCUCGACAUCCCCGCCUACUUCUUCUUCACAUCCCCGCUCGGCCACCUCGCCGUCAACGUCCACCUCCCGUACAACUUCCCCGCGGUCUCACUGAAAGACAUGCCCGAGACCAUGCUGCACUUCCCCGGGGUGCCGCCGAUCCGCGCGAUGGACAUGGUGACCACGGUGCAGGACAGGGAGAGCGACAUCACCAGAGCACGGCUGCGCCAGUGCGCGCGCAUGCCUGAAGUGAGAGGCUUUCUCGUGAACAGCUUCGACUGGUUGGAAGCACGGGCGCUGAAAGCGCUCAGGUCUGGGCUCUGCACGCCCGGCCGCUCAACGCCGCCUGUCUACUGCAUUGGGCCGCUGGUACCGCCCGGGAACACGGGAGGAAGCAGGGAGAGGCACGCCUGCCUCGAGUGGCUGGACACGCAGCCGAACCGGAGCGUGGUGUUGCUCAGCUUCGGCAGCAUGGGCAUCUUCUCGGAGCCGCAGUUGAGAGAGAUGGCACGCGGGCUAGAGAGUUCGGGGCACAGGUUCCUGUGGGUCGUGCGGAACCCACCUGAGCACCAGAGCAGCAAAUCAAUCGAGCCGGAUCUGGAGGCGUUGCUUCCGGAUGGUUUCUUGGAGCGGACUAGGGAGAAGGGCUUGGUGGUGAAGAACUGGGCGCCGCAGAUGGAGGUGCUGCGGCACGACGCCGUCGGCGCGUUCAUCACGCAUUGCGGGUGGAACUCGGCGUUGGAGGGGAUCGUGUCCGGCGUGCCGAUGAUCUGCUGGCCGCUGUACUCGGAGCAGAGGAUGAACAAGGUGCACAUGGUCGAGGAGAUGAAGGUUGGAGUGGCGGUUCAAGGCUACGAGAAGGAACUGGUGGAGGCAGACCAAGUGGAAGCAAAGGUGAGGCUGGUCAUGGAGUCCGAUGAAGGGAAGAAGCUUAGGAAGAGGCUCGCGAUGGCAAAGAAGAUGGCCGCUGACGCUCUCAAGGAAGGUGGGUCGUCAUACAUGGGGCUCGAGAAGUUCUUGGAAGGCCUGAAGAAGAGCAGCCCGGAGCUGAAGGCAUAA